AGCUCUUCGGCAACCGCAGAUCAAAACACCAAACCAAAAAUCACCAUGAAGUUCCUCAUUGUCUUCGUCGCCCUCUUCGCCGUGGCCCUGGCUGAUGUUGAGAUCGUGAGGCAGGAUUCCGACGUCCAGCCUGAGGGCUACCAAUUCAGCUGGGAGACGAGCGAUGGCUCACAGGCCCAGGCCCAGGGUGUCCUGAACAAUCCUGGAUCCGAGCACGAGUCUCUCGCCGUCAAGGGUGCCUACUCCUACGUGGGUGAAGAUGGCGUGACCUACUCCGUCAGCUACAUCGCCGACGAGAACGGAUUCCAGCCCCAGGGUGCCCAUCUGCCCGUUGCCCCCCAGGCCUAAUUCCCCUCAACCGGAUUGUGCAGUUCCUUGUUAAUAUCGCUUAACUUCCACAAACUCUUCUUAGCCCUUCUUUUCGAGGGCACGAGAAUCUAAGUCAAAAAACCUAAAUUGUUGAAUAUUAAAGAAAACAUGAUACCAUAAAAA